AUGGUUCUCCCCGAGCCUCUAGGCCCGUUCCACGUGUCGUACGGGGACUUCGAGUUGCGCCGAAGCAAAGCGCCCGCCGAGCCGAGCGCAGGGAAUGGCGAUCACGGGCAUCACGUGCACCCGCCGCUGUUCCGCGUGUACUACCCUACUGAUGGCAACGCUGAAGAGAGGCGAGAGGUGGAGCGCAGUGCAUGGCUGCCGCACGUGGCGUACCUGUACGGCUACAUCUGCGCCAUGAUCCCGCCCUUCUCCUUCUUCGCCUCCAUCCUCACCUGGCUGCUCUCCCGCAUCACGUACCUACUAAUCAAGCCAUACGCCGCCAUCCGCUGUCUCCCCGCGCGCCCUUUCAUCUCCCGCGCCUCCCUGCUGCGCCACCUCAACCACCCCCACGCCGACCCCACCACCAGUGGGGGGGAGAACCCCGAGGGUCGGCUGCCGGUGGUGCUGUUCAGCCACGGGCUGUGGUCCAUGCGCUCCACGUACACGCAGUUCUGCUUCGACCUCGCCUCCCAUGGCUAUGUGGUGGUGGCGCCAGAAUACACGGACGGCUCAGCAUGCAUGGCGGCAGAGACAGACGGGGAAGAGGAGGAGGAGGGGGGGUGGGGAGGAGGAAAGGGAGGGAGGGUGAAGUGGAUUCCCCAUGAGCGCAUGGACGUGGACUUCUUUGAAGUGCCCAUGGAAGUGCGGCACCGGCAGCUGCAGCAGCGCAUGGCAGCCCUGCGCUCCAUCCUAGCGCUCCUCCACCAGUUCAACAAAGGGCACGUAUCAGACUCCCGCAACGCCAUCACCAGCGCUGCUCGCCUGCUCCCCUCGUCGCUCGCGGGUCGUCUCGACCUCUCCCACAUUGCCCUCGCAGGCCACUCCUUUGGGGGCGCCACCGCGGCGUUUCUUGCUGGGGUGGCCGAGCAGCCAAUCAACGGCUUCCACCUGUCGCUGUCGCCAGCUGUGCAUGGUGGAAGAAGCGAUGGGGAUGGGGACAUGGAUGGGAACGAGAAAAAGGGCCCCUUGGUGUCACGGGUGUCAUCUGUGGUGGUGCUUGACACGUGGUGGCGCCCGUUGCCUGAUGAGGCCAUUGCGCUGGCAGGGGGCAAGGCAGCACUGCUGUGCAUCGACACAGAAGGGCUGAACGCGGCUCGCAACGUGGUGGCGCGGAAGCGGUUCCUCCAAGGGCGCCUGCUGUCCUGGCGCGACCGGUGGCUGCAGAUCGUGAAAGAGCAGGCUAAGCAGGAUGGAGAGGCGGAGGAGAAGGGUGUGGGGGGGAAGGGGGUGGGGACGGAGGGAGAGGAGGCGAGGAAGGGGAGUGGAAGGAUGGACGGGGAGACGGAGAGUGUGACUGAAUUGAUUGUGCUUGUGGGGUCAGCCCACCAGGACCCCUCCGACCUUGCUCUGGUGGCACCUGCCAUCAUGAAGAGCGCCAAGAUGGCGGGGGCCAUCCCACCGCCCAUCUUCCACCGCAUCAACAGCGGCGCUGCUCUGCGCUUUCUGCACCAAAACUUCCCUCUUGCAAAGAAAUAUGGGCUACCGGUGCCGCCGGCACUGGCAGAGGACGCGGUGCACAUACAGCAUGUGGACAUACCAGAGUAUGUCAAGGACCUCGACCAGAUCGCUGUCCCCCACUGA